GCGGUGGUGAUGAUCUCCACCUGCUGCAGUUCGGCGCCUCCUUUGCUGCCGCUGCUGCUGCCGAUACUCUUCCUUGCCACCGGAUCGUAGCCCUGCUACACGAGCCUUGUGAACCGCUGCUGGCGCAGCAGCACCUGCCUUCGCUGUGGUCGUUCUUGCACACCACCGCUCGGGCGCUGCACCUGCUCGCCCAACAACGCUUCCUGCAUCGCCGCCUUGGCGAUCCUCGCCUACGCAGCAGUGUGGCCUGGUGCGGCGCCACCCCUAAGAUCGCUCACCUCGCCGAUACCUUGCGCUUCCCUACGCCGGCCUCCCUCCAGCAGCACCACCACCCGCAGCAGCAGCUGCUGCAGCACAUGUGUCUGCUGUACCCUCGUUCGGCGCCGCCUGAAGGCCUCUGGCCCCCGCUGCUCGCUGCCCAUCCUUCCUCGCUCAACGACUUUGGCGCCUCUUCUGAUACGUACGCCUUGCUGGUGUACCUGGUGCUGGCCGCUGCUGCUGCCUCCCCUUCGUCCCCUGCCGCUGCCUUUCAUGCCUUGCUGCCGCUGCAGGUGGGCUACCCGUCCCAUCUCUUCUGUGUACCUGCCAUCGAUCCACACGACUUCAUGUGGAAGCUAAUCUUCAAUCCCAACGAACGAAACGCUCGCGUCGAGCCCAGCAUCAACGUAUUGGCCGCCUUCUGGAUCGCUUCAUCAUCAUCAUCAUCGACAACGACGCCGCUCAGGUAUUCUUUGGUUCAUCUGGCCAGACGGCUGCUGCUCCUGGUGCUGGGCAGUGCCCAUCACCAACGAUGGACGGCUCUUGACCUGUGCCAAGGACUCCAACCGCUGCUGCUGCCUGAUCCUCGGCACCAACGACGCUUCCUGCUGCAGGUCAACCGAUGUGCGGCCCGGCAACAACAACAGGAGCAGCGUAGCUGGACCACCAUGGAUCCCGAGGAUCCAACGCAGCGCCUGGUGCAGGUAUACCCGCUGCCACCUACAAUCCAGCAGGACAACGAGCCUCAGCAUUGGAUCUGGAUGUGCUUUGCGGCGCGCUCCAAGGUCCAUCGCCCCAAGCUGCUGCUGCUGAAUCAGAGCUUGGCCGCCCACCCGGUGCGACAAGCCAUCCUCUCCAGCCGCUUCCAGCUUCGCCUCCAACUCACCGCAGGCCAACAGCUUCGCUUUGCACUCAGUCAUUCACCUUGUGAAUCGCUUCGUGAUCCAGCGAUCGACCAGCAGGUGGCCGAGCUGCUAGGCCAUCCGGUGUCUCGCCUGGUGCUCUCAGGGGUGCUCCUGCCUUCUGGCCAGGUGCAGAAGGCCACCGCCCAGCUGCUGUGUUCGCUGGACGUUGCCUUGAUGGAGCACAUCCGGGCGGUGGCCUCCUGUAUGGUCGAUCAUACCGCUCUGCAGCAGCUGCAGCAUCACUGA